AUGGCCAACGAAGGCAUCAAGACCUUAGACCACUACCUCCGCUUCUGCGACGACCUUCUCCAAUGGGUUCCCAAGGUUAGCAGCAAGGGCGACGAGCUCCUUCAGAAGAUCCUCGUCUUCUGCUGGGUCUUCGAUCAGCCGGCACUCCACGGUCACCAGACGGAAAUCCAGCCGCAGAACUCGAACACGGAUCUCAGCUGGCUUUCCUACUGGCUUGUGACAUUCGCACGCCAACAGGGCUUAUUCUUAAAUACGCCGCAGUCUGCUGCCUCCAUGCACGCUUUCUAUAGAAACGAGAAGUAUAACAAGGAGGCAGCUCUCUGGGCGGAACCCAAGUCCGGGUGGGUGUCGUUCAAUCACUGGUUCGCUCGCGAGUGGCAGGAUAUCGACUCGGCUCGUCCGCUCGCUGAGCCGAAUGACGAUAAGGUCAUUGUCAGUGUAACCGACUCCAUGUUUGACGGCAAUUGGGAUAUCGUGAAGGGGGUAGAAUGGCCGAUUCAGAAAUUGUUACAAACCACGGCUAUCGACUAUCACCACGGGAUGUUCAUGCAUGUUUUCCUAGGCUCUACCGACUACCACCGUCAGCAUGCACCCGUGAGUGGUGACGUCAUCGAGGUCAAGAAUAUCCAAGACCAGGUCUUCCUCCAGGUUGCUACCAAGAAGGGUCACCCGUCCGGCGACCGGGGACUGCUUUACGACCUGGAUGCUCCGGACUAUGCCGGGUGUCAAUGGUGCCAGACCCGUGGACUCGUCGUCAUCCAGACGAAGGACUAUGGCAAGGUCGCGGUGUUACCCAUUGGCAUGGCUCAGGUGCCUUCCGUUGGGAUGACCGUGAAGAAAGGCGACCAUGUCAAGAAAGGCGAUAACAUCUCGUACUUCCAAUUUGGUGGCUCGGAUAUGGUUGUCGUCUUCGAGAAGGUCACUUUCAAAUCGGGUUUAAAGCUGGGUGAGACGAGAAGUGAACGUGAGGUCGGAAUUGGCGAGGUUUCAGUGAGGGACACGGGGGGCUACCCCGAGUUCAGCCCGUUAACAAAGGCUUAG